UCACAGGAUGGGAUCUAAUGCAGAUUCUGUUCUUAAACAGAUGGAGCCUUGAUUCUCGGGCGUGAAACGCCCCCACGAAGUCACGAGGACAAACGCGGGCGAGAAUAUUGUCAGAAUGCGUGCGUCCCAGCGAGAUAGGUUGAGUUGUCGGGAGAUGAGGGAGAGCGAAACCGAGGUGGUGAUGGAGAUAUUGAGGGAGGGUUGGGGUGCGCUAGACACUCGUCUCCUCCUCUACGCCCUGACACGCCCGCCGUGUCUCCUAGCGAUGGCCGUGGCUGGUUGCGGCCUACGCUUUGUCCUGGGCUCCUGCCUCACCGCCCUCCUCUCCCCCCUCCUCCUCUGCGCCGGCCUACUCUGGCUGGGCUUGUCCGCCCGUCGCCGUGGCCAGUACGGGCCAUUCCCCGGGAUUGGGGCCUACCCCAGGCCUGAGGCCUACUCCAAGUCUGAGGAGGCCUACACAAGCGCUGAAGCCUCCCCAGAGUCUGAGGCCUGCUCCGAGCCCGAGGCCUACUCCGAUUCUGAACCAUACUCCAAAUCUCAGGCCAACCCGAAGCCUGCGGCCCACUCCAGUCCCGAACCCGACUCCGAAUCUGAGGCCUACAAGAGCUCAGAAGCCUCCUCCAAUCCCGAGGCCUACUCCAACCCUCAGCAAGACUCCAAUCCUGAGGCCUACUCCAAAUCUGACACCUACAAGAGUUCUGAUGACGACUCCAAGACCGAAGCCUAUGCAAGGCCAGAGGCCUACUCAAAGCCUGUGGCCUCCCCAAAGCCUGAUGCCUACUACAAAUCUGAGGCCUACUCGAGGAGUAAGGGACGAUCAAAACCUGAGGCCUCCUCUCCUCAUCCCAGAGCCACCACGGAGGCCGGGCCUGUCAUCCUUGUAGCCAUCAGAGGCCAUGACGAGGAGGUGUGCGGGUGUCUAGGGAUCACCGCCGGCCACGGAGGCACUGCCGAGCUCUCCUGCCUCGCGGUGGCCCCAUGGCGACGCCGGGAUGGUGUGGCCUCUUUCCUCCUGGCCCAGGCCGAAGCCAGGGCCCACAGGCUGGGCUACGCCCGAGUCAUUGCCAGGCCGGAACUGGUGAACAAGGCCGCACUGGCCCUAUUCCGGGCCCGGGGAUACAGGCCGGCCCUUGGGGGCCAGGGAGGGGGAGGGGGGUUCAUCUGCUGCCAACUCACCCUCGAAUUCGUCAAGGAGUUAUGAGGCCCAAACUAGGCCUGGGGCCUACUCCAACCCUGAGGCCUACUCCAACCCUGAGGCCUACACCAAUCCCGAGGCUUACUCCAAUCC